AUGGCUCCAGCGCGCUACAAUGGCAAGCGGGACAAAUACGAUGAGGACCUCGAGCUGUACAAGGACGAUGACGGCGAGCCGAUGACGAUGGGCAAGCUUGUGGCGAUGAUUGCCCAGCACAUGCUCGCGAGUCCCGGGGGGAAGAGCGCCGUCAAGGAGAACCUUCUGCGCUCGUUCGUCAAGGUCGACUCGGUGACGUGGGAGUGCCUGCUGAAAAAGACGAACGAAAAGCUGCGCCGUUCAUGUGGAUACACGAUCGUGCAAAAAGACGGCACGCUCUACCUGACGAAUAUCCUGCCCGGCCUGCCGAACGUCGAGAAUCUCGCGGAAAUGGCCGACGCGCAAAAGGGCUUUCGCUUCAUCGUGCUCGUGUUUCUGAUGAUGGAACGGCCGCCGUCGCUCGCCAAGGAAUUCGGGAAAGUGCCGUCGGAGCGGAUGUGGAAAUUCUUUGAGACGCUCGGCUACUCGAACACGGAGCCCGACGAGGUGCUCGGCGACAUGAAGAUGCUGAUCAACACCAUGAUAAACGAGGGCCUCCUAGCCGUCAGCGCAAAACAAAGCGGACCGGCGCCGGGCGACGACAUCUUGUACGAGUGGGGCCCGGUGGCGGUGAAGACGAUCAGCCCGCAGAUGGUCUUCGACGCGUUCCUGAAGAUCCACGACACGAAUGCCGCCCAAUGGCAACAACACGCCGACAAAGUGGCCGAUUGGCAGUUUCGGUUUGCAAAAGAAUACAAGAAGCACAGCUACUACGACCGGAAACGCGCGAAGCCCGACGUGCCCGGGGGGACGAGGGCGAGAGCUGAAGACGCAGGCCGCCGACGCUUGAGCGAGAAGCCACAGAUCGAACCAACUGCGGCCGCCGACGUUUGCAGCUGGGAUGCAUGCAAUCCAUUGGCCACCGACCAAUCCCUCCUAAAUGUCCACCUCGUCACGCACACCCAUGAUGAUCUGGGCUGGUUGAUGACGGUCGAUCAAUAUUAUGACCGGGAGGUGCAAAAGAUCUACGACACCGUAAUCACCGAGGUGGAAAAGGACAAGAGCAGAAAGUUCUCCUUCGCCGAAACGGGCUUUUUGAUGCGGUGGGUGGAGCACAACCAGACUACCGUAUCCCGCCUGCAAAAACUCGUUCAGAAUGGCCAAAUUGAGCUGAUCGGCGGCGGAUGGGUGCAAAAUGAUGAAGCCGCCGCACACUAUGUGGAUAUCAUCGACCAGAUGACGUUAGGACUCGAGCAUCUAAAGGUGUUGUUCGGACCGAACUGCAGCCAGCCGAAAGCCGCGUGGCAGAUCGACCCAUUCGGGCACAGCCGUGAAUUCGCCAAUUUGGCUGCGCAGAUGGGCUACGAGUCGUUGUAUUUCGGGCGUAUCCACUACGUCGACCGCUCCCUCCGGCAUUCCACGAAAAACAACGAGUUCAACUGGAUUGGGUCCGAUGAGCAAAAGACCUCGCUGCUGACGGGGGCGCUUUAUUGGGAUUACUCGCCGCCGAGUGGCUUCUGCUUUGACAGCGGAUGUAAUGACGAGGAGAUUCAGGACGACCCGAACCAACCAGGCUACAACGUCGUCCGCCGUGCCCAGCAAUUUCUCAACUACGUCACUGAACAGGCCAGCCACUACAAGACGAAGAACGUCAUCCUCACCAUGGGAAUGGACUUUAACUAUCAGAUGGCCGAGAAGUGGUACAGGAAUCUCGACAAGUUGAUCAAGUAUUUUAAUGCUAAUCCGUCGAUGGGACUGAACCUGCUCUACUCUACGCCGGCAUGCUACACGAAAGCCGUCCAGAAAGCGCAGCCCGUGCUCACCACCAAAAGCGACGACUUCUUCCCCUACGCCUCGGCUCAGAACAGCUACUGGACCGGCUACUUCACCUCGAGACCGGCUUUUAAGGGAAUGAUCCGCCAGGCCUCCUCACUAUUGAAUCUAGGAAAGCAGCUAUCGGCCCAUUUCCUGCUUGGUGAUGACGCGGCGCUGGAGACGGCCAAACGGGCCAGCGGACUGGUUCAGCAUCACGAUGCUGUUACGGGAACAGCUAAACAAGUCGUCACUUAUGAUUAUCAACAACGUCUUCACAAGGGAAUGAUUCAGUUGGAAACACUUGCCACCCACGCCAUCCAGUUCGCCACGCAACAAACUACAGCCCCGAAGCACCAGCUGUGCCUUGAGGCCAAUGAGACGACUUGCGCAGCCAUUUUCAACAAGGCCUCGUACGUGGCUACCGUAUUCAACCCACUGGGCCAGGUCUCGAAUACGGUGAUCGAGAUCCCAUCCUAUGCAGCCCAGGCCGCCGUAUACGACUACGCUGGACAACUUAUUACGGGCGCGCAGGUGUUCCUCGCGGCGCCUAGCCAGGCAAAUGCGGCUGAUGGAGCACAGUAUACACUCUACGUACCUCUACAAGUAGAUCCACUCGGAUUCCGAUCGAUUUAUGUGGACACGAUGGCAAAAAAGGGCGCGCUCACCGUCCAGAAGCCAGAAACGCCGCUUCGCGACGCGACGUCGACCUUGGAAAAUAGCGUACGUUCAGCU